CUGCUGGAACCCGGGCUCCGGGUCAGCCGUCUUCCCUCGGCGACGGCGACGCGGCGGACCGCAGAGCCUGCCCCCGAGGCUGGGGGGCGGGAGGCGGAGGCCGCCCUCCGCAGCAGGUGUCCCCGCCCCGAUCGCCUCCACCGGAGUCGGGGGGAGGCCGACUGUUGACUUCUCGGAUGCGGCUGAUGGAAGGCUGGAGCGGGGGCAGCGCCCGGGCUGCCGCGCCAGCCGGACUCCGGACUCCGGACUCCAAGGACCCGGGGCGUACCUCCGGGACCCCUUUCAGGCAUCCCGUGGGGUCCUCUAUGAUCCACAGUGGCCAGGGAGACCACCAGGAGGGGCCUCCCUUUUUCAAGCCGCCGGCGGUGACAGUCAAGAAGUUGCAGAAGUGGAUGUACAAAGGGCGCCUCCUGUCCCUGGGCAUGAAGAGUCGAGCUCGUGGGUCACCCCCCAAAGGCACGGGAGCGCAGGCAACUUCCCCAAACCUGGGCGCUUUGAAAGUGGGUGAAAACCAUGUCCUCUCAGUGCCUCCGGACCAAAGAAUUACGCUGACAGAUUUAUUUGAAAAUUUCUAUGGAUCUUCAAUGAAGAGAAGAGAACUGGAAGAUCUGAAGGAUAAUAUUGAAUUCAGAGGUCAUAAACCAUUUAAUAGCAUUACUGUUUCAAAGAAACGCAAUUGGCUGUAUCAGAGUACUCUGAGAUCUCUUAAUCUGGAAGAAGAAAAUAAGACGUGCCAAGGUAUAGGUCACUUACCUACCUCACCUACGUCUCUACCUAAGCAUCAGCUCUCACAGCCUUUCCUCAAAUCAUCUGAAGAAUACUGUGCCUAUGUGGUGUGUAAUUCUACAGACUCUCCAUUAUCAAGAAACUGUUCGUUAGAUCUUAAUGAGGAAAACGAUGCAGACGAUGAAGGAGAAAUAUGGUACAACCCCAUUCCUGAGGAGGAGGAUGUGGGUAUAUCGGGUGCCUUGAGUUUUGGUGAGGCGAGCUCUGCUGUUCUGAAGCUUCCUGCUGUCAGUUCGAGCAUACUGUCCGGUAGUGACCUGACGAAAACAGAGCGGCAUACUGAAGACCUGCGGUGCUCUUCUGAACACACUGAACCCUUCUCUAUUCAUAUUACACAGUCACAUGAAAUGAAUCCUACAGAUUCCUUCCAUCCCACGGAAUCCGUGCAGCCUUGCAAGCAAAGGCUAGGACAUAAGACACAAGAAGGCGUAAUGGUGGAGGACAGUCCCACGUUGAAAUCUCCUUUUGCAGGUCCUGGAGUCCCACCUGCUACAACUAGGACUGAAUUGGGAGUUAUAGAACCAUCUUCUCCAAACCCUAGCCCCAUAAAAAAAGGCAGUUCAAUUAAUUGGUCUUUGCCAGAUAAAAUAAAAUCUCCACGAACUGUGAGGAAACUUUCCAUGAAAAUGAAAAGGUUACCAGAGUUUAGCCGAAAGCUGAGUGUUAAGGGAAACUCGAAUUAUGUAAACAGUCCAGAUAAUACUCCUUCCUUGUCUAAAUGUAACUAUCAAAAAAUUCACCCUACUGCUAUUCUACCUUCUGGGAACACAAGCACAGCUGCUAAGAGAAAUGUUAUAAGCCGAUACCAUCUUGAUACCAGUGUGUCUUCUCAGCACAGCUUCCAGAAGAAAACCUCUGUGAGUUCUAAGUAUUCCUGCAAAGGUGGAUACCUCAGUGAUGGAGAUUCACCUGAACCUAUAACUAAAUCUAGUAAACAAGGAUCUGAUAACAAAUUUGGAAAAGGAAAAGAAAUAAUUCCAAGUAGUUGUAGCAAGAACGAAAUAGACAUUGAUGCUUUUAGACAUUAUAGCUUCUCUGAUCAACCGAAGUGUUCACAGUACAUAUCUGGACUCAUGAGUGUGCAUUUCUAUGGUGCUGAGGAUUUAAAACCACCCCGGAUAGAUUCAAAAGAUGUCUUUUGUGCAAUUCAGGUAGAUUCAGUAAACAAAGCAAGAACAGCUUUGCUCACAUGCCGGACAACAUUUUUGGACAUGGAUCACACUUUCAACAUAGAAAUCGAAAAUGCACAACAUUUGAAACUAGUAGUAUUCAGUUGGGAACCCACUCCAAGAAAAAAUCGAGUGUGUUGUCAUGGUACUGUUGUUCUCCCUACCCUAUUCAGAGUGACAAAGACACAUCAGUUGGCAGUCAAACUUGAACCUAGAGGUCUUAUUUAUGUGAAAGUGACUCUUAUGGAACAGUGGGAAAAUUCUCUUCAUGGACUAGAUAUAAAUCGAGAACCAGUAAUAUUUGGUGUUGACAUUCAAAAAGUUGUAGAAAAAGAAAAUGCAGGAUUGAUGGUGCCGCUCCUGAUACAGAAAUGUGUUACGGAAAUAGAGAAGAGAGGCUGUCAGGUGUUCUUAAAGAUUAUUUAAGAGAACUUCCUUCUCCUCUGAUAACAAAGCAACUUUAUGAGGCUGUAUUAGAUGCUAUGAUGAAAAGUCCUUUGAAAAUGUCAUCUAAUGGUUGUGAGAAUGACCCAGGUG